AAACUGCAAAAAUAAAAAUAAAAGAACAAAACCCCUUAAAAAUCCCUAGACUGUUCAUCCAAUUCCUUUACAUUUCUCGAAUUCAAUAUCCAUAUCGGCUUCAGUUGUGACGAUUGGUUGAUCAUUAAUUUUGAUUAUUUGGUUAAUUAUUCAUAUUUUUUUGGAUCGAUCGAUAGAUCUGUCAGCGGAAUUUUUUUGAUUGAUUAUUGAUAAGUAAAAAGAGAUAAAUCAGAGAAAAUGGAGCAGAGCAGGAGAGCGGUGGAGUCUUACUGGAGGUCGAAGAUGAUAGACGGUGCGACGUCGGACGAGGACAAGGUUACUCCGGUCUACAAAUUGGAGGAGAUUUGCGAGCUUCUGAGGUCAUCCCACGUCAGCAUCGUUAAGGAAGUAUCCGAAUUCAUCCUCAAACGCCUCCAGCAUAAAUCUCCUGUCGUCAAACAGAAAGCACUGAGAGUGAUCAAAUAUGCAGUGGGAAAGUCAGGAACAGAGUUCAGAAGGGAGAUGCAGAGGAACUCUGUAGCUGUACGUCAGUUAAUUCAUCACAAGGGAGAACCAGAUCCUUUAAAAGCUGAUGCAUUGAACAAGUCUGUGCGUGAAACUGCACAGGAAGUAUUAUCUGCCAUAUUUUCUUCAGAUGACCACAAACCUGCAUCUGCUGAGAAUAGUCUUGGUAGUCGUAUACAAGGCUUUGGGAAUACCAACUUUGAAAUGCCAUCAGAAGAUAAGAAAUCCUUUCUUAAUGAGGUGGUUGAUAUUGGAAGUUCUACUAUCAAGCAGGGUUUAAGUAAUUUAACACAAUCUCCAUCCCUUAAAAAGAGUAUUGAGACUGGGAGUUACAGGAGCCCGAAUCUUCGGAGAUCAUUGACUAGGGAAAAUGAUAACCCUGAUCGAUAUGAAGGAAUUGGCUCUCAUGGUGAAACUCAGAGCAGUGCACGCAUCUCAAAGUAUGUUGGUUCUGGAAAUUCCUUUCCAGAUUUCAGUGCAUCCCAGGCAGAAAUAACAAAUGGAGAUUCUCGUUCAAGUUAUAGUGAAAAGACUCGUGAGGAUAAAUUGUUAGAGACCAUUGUGACGUAUGGUGGUGUCCGUUUACAGCCAACUCGAGAUGCACUCCAGGUUUUCCUUGUGGAAGCAUCAAAAUUGGAUGCUUUGUCAUUAGGGCAUGCUCUUGAGUCGAAACUUCAAUCACCACUGUGGCAGGUACGCAUGAAAGCCAUUUCCGUCCUUGAGGCAAUUUUACGAAAGGCAGAUGAUGAACAUUUUUCUGUUAUAGCAUCUUAUUUUAGUGAUAACAAGGAUGUUGUGGUGAAAUGUUCUGAAUCGCCUCAAGCAUCUUUGAGGGAGAAAGCAAAUAAGGUGUUGAGUCUUUUGGGUGGUGAACUAGCUGGUUGCGGAGUCCGUCAGCUAGAUAAAUCUGUGAAGGCUGAGCCAGUUGCAUUUCAGAUGCCGAAUUUAAUAGACACUGGUGAUUCUGAUGACCUUCUUGGGGUGGAAGAAUCUAAUAAAGUGCAUAGUGAUCAAAUUAUUGAAAAUCCAGCAACAUCUGCCGCUCCUCUGAUUGAUGAUAUAUUUGGAGACAGUUUUAGAGUCAGUCAAAACACCAAUGAACAUAAGUAUGAUGAUGAUCCUUUUGCAGAUGUCUCGUUUCACACUAAGAAUGAUAAGGACCAUGCAGUUGAUAUCUUUUCUGGGAUGACUGUUGAUAAGUCAAUAGCUACUGAUGCCCAUGUAGCUACUCGUAAAACUGGCCCUGAGCCAUUUGAUAUUUUGAGUUCCAAUUCUGAAGCUUCCCAGGAUCAAGGUAAUUCUAGAAAAGAUGUUAAUGACUUGAUGGCUGGCUUGUCUAUGAAUGGUAAUGAUCCAUUUGCCAAGCUAAGUGGAAUCUCUGCAGAGAAGCAUGCAGAAAAUGUCAGCUCAAAGUCCAAUGAUGUCUUCAACAGUGUACUCAGUUCUCAAGCUAGUGGGGAGAAUGCUAAUCCUAUGUUCCCUUUGGGUGAUAUGGCAUAUAAUUUCCCCCCUGGCUCGAUGUUCAAUCCAUCGUUAGUUUCUCAGCCAAUGGCUUUCAAUGCCAUCGGUAAUCUUUUUGCUCAGCAACAGUUUCUUGCGGCAAUGUCCAACUUUCAGCAGCUAGGGAACCUGCAACCAAGUGCAGGUGUCAGCCAUGCUACUGGAUAUAAUGGAGGGUUUUCAUCACCCUUUCCAGAUGUAUUUAAUCCUAGCAUUGCUACUCAAGGUCCGACCUCCGUGGUGAAUGAUUCAAAGAAAGAGGAGACUAAAGCAUUUGAUUUUAUCUCGGACCAUCUGACUGCUGCUCGUGAUCCAAAGCGGACGUUUUGAGUCAUAUUUCUCGUAGGGCAGAUUCUCUUAUGAAAGUAUUUCUCUUCGAUGGAAGCAUGGAUCUUGAAGAGUAAAGGAUAGAUUUUCUUUGGAAACUGUACGUCGACGAUAAAAAAGGGGAUAAAUCACAUGAAGUUGUGAGGAUGAAGCAGUGUUCGUAAUUGUGGAGUUGUCAUAUGUUUCUUGUAAUAAAUUGUAGAAUUCUGCCGUGAUUUUGUUUACCAAGCGUGAUUCACUAGUUUUAUUCCAAGUUUUGUUUGACUUUCUAUUUCAAAAUUGUUGUUCCAACUGUUCUUCAAUGACCAAUGAAGAAGUUAUGUGAUGUAUAAUGGGUCUUCCCUGGGAUCUCUAAUUUCUUUCUCACACAAAUAAGAAUUUUCCCGAGUAGCAUGAUAUUA